CUAUGACUGCAAUAGUCGGCGGCAAGACUACGAAGAAGAUCAAGACAAUAUACAAACAGUAAUGAAGAGUUUCAUCAACUUUACCGGAAUGGCUGCGUUGGCAGUAGUGAUGGUGGCUCUCGCAGCGUCGACAGCUGAGGCUAGCCCAGCAAAGAAAGACCUGCGCGCGUCCUAUGAUGGCUGUGGAGUGACCAAGGGCUGCUUCGGUACUCCGUCUCGCUGCCUUGAAACUCGCGAUUGUCUGGCUGUGAUCACAUACGCGAAAGCCGACACUGGGUACGCCAUGGAGAUCUUCGGCGUCGUCGCUGCCGGCGUAAACGACGUGUACAUCGCAGGCGGUCUCUCCUUCGACACGAAAAUGGAAUACACGAGCGUAACUGCGUGCAGGAACUACAGAGGAGUGCACGUGGAUGUCGUCCAGGCCUUCAAUGACAAGGGGCACGCCAACCACGUUCUUUCUGAUCCGAUGCUCGGACUGUCCAACGUCACCGCCUCGCAUGUUGACGACGAGCUUUACUGCUCAUUUACGCGCGAGGCCAGUCUGGAAAUCGAGGGACUUACAUUCGACCUGGACAACGAUGUCUUCUACCUCGAAGUGGCUAAAGGCGACCUUGCCAUAACCGGAGCCCUGACUCACCACACGAAUAAAGCCGUUUCACCCGACGCCGUCUCGCUUGGAGAUUUCCCAUGAAGACUCAGACUGUAAUACUGCAGAUACCGGCUAGAUACUGACUUCUAAUUUUUCACUAUCAGCCGUUAACAUGGACAUGGGUCAAGCAAAAAUUUUCAUAAAUCUUUAAAAGAUUAUGCAAAAUAAAUUUAAUGCGAAUACUGUUUGAUUUAUUUUUUACAAUAUCCAUGCCCUUCUCCUCAAAGUGUAUAUGGCAAUUCAUUAAGCCGUCUUAGUUCGCUCACUGAAAUUUGAACUGCUUUUUUUUAAAGCCUUCCCACUGACACGUUGUUGCAUUGCACAGAAUUUGCAUCGUUAAUUCUAUUCAAGUUUGCCAGCAAUGCAAUCCGAAUAAAAUUCAACCCAAUGCGA